AUCGCUUCCAACUUCCGGUUCGCACAUAUUCCGGUCUGUUUCCCCCAAAACGCUCUCUCUUCUCACAUUUUUGGUUCUCUUGACCGCUGGAAGUUGGAACAACGACGAUGAACGCCACAGCUCCGCCUGACGUCAUCCAAGUCACAGAUUACCAGAACGGAAGCGAUUCCGACACCAACAUCGACGACGACGACGGCGAUGCAGCCGGCGCCGAGUUCUACCAGCCAGUCUCCGCCGUCGACUCCGAAGACUCCGAAGACCAGAUCGGAAACGACGCCGUCCCGAUCCACUCCCAGCUGCACUCCAACGGCGUCACUGUCAAUCAGGUCGACGGAGGAAUCUCGUCUCUCCAGCUAAACGACGGCGUCGGGCGCAAUGAUCGCUUGAACAGCAGCAGCGAUGACGAAGCGGAAGCAGAAGAAGUGGAGGAGGAGGUCGCUUCCGACUCGGAGAUAAUUAGGGCUUUCAGAGAAGACGAGAAUCGCAGAAACGCGCCGCUUACGGCGGAGAACGCGACGAGGGUCAGGGAGGCCAUGCGAGGAAUUUCCUUCGCCGGAGCACCUCCGCAUUGGGCGGGUCUGAUCCCCGAGAACAACUGGAUGGACCGCCUUCGCGGGCUCGGGCAAUCUUCGUCCCGGAGGUGAAAAUGUUUAAUCUUUGUAUCUCGUUUUCUCCGAUUGGAGUGGAUUGCAAAUUU